AUGUACAUUAACAGCUUGAUUGAGGAGCUCAGCAGCGCAGGUGUCGGAUGUUCGGUCGAUGGUUGUUUUGUUAACAACAUAAGCUACGCAGACGACAUGGUGCUGCUGAGUCCCUCAGUCAACGGCCUUCGGAUUCUGCUGGAUAUAUGUGAAAGAUAUGCGGUGGCCCACGGUCUAAAAUAUAAUGUGAAAAAGAGUGAGGUAUUACUGUUUAAGUCUGGCACUAAAACAUAUCCCAUUCCGCCAAUAAUGCUCAGUGGUUCUCCUCUUCAAACAGUAACUAAAUUCAAAUACUUGGGUCACUGGGUUACUGAUACUCUAAAAGACGAUGUUGAUAUAGAAAGGGAGCGCAGAGCACUGUCGGUAAGGUGUAAUAUGCUGUCUCGCAGGUUUGCGCGUUGUUCGACAGAGGUAAAAAUAACCUUGUUCAAAACGUAUUGUCAAACCUUAUACACGUGCAACCUGUGGAGUCACUACACCAAAAAAGCCUACAGUGCUUUGCGCGUCCAAUACAAUAACGCCUUCAGGGGGUUGUUGGGGCUGCCCUGGCGCUGCAGCGCGUCAGGAAUGUUCGCCGCGUGGAGAACCGAUGGUUUCCAAGCCGUGCUGCGCAAGCGGGUGGCGUCCCUGGGCGAGCGAGUGCGGGGCAGCGCCAACACUCUCCUGAAGGUGAUAGCCGAGAGGAUGGACAGCCCUAUCCUCGCUCACUGGAUGUCCUUGCAUGUUAAUUGUAAUUAUAAUUAUACUUUUUACUAA